GUCUCCUGCCAGUCAUCUUCCUCGUUCCCGUCACACCUCCAAUCUACUAGUCCAGAGGCUAAUCGUAUCUCGAUGCUGUUGUACGUUUAGAUCUAGGUCCCUCCGCAUCUUCCGCCAACUCGGCGCUUUCGCCGUCGCCGCAGCACCCUACAGAUCCGUCCGUCCUCCGUGACGAUUCCCUGCUGACGGUGCCAUUGACUUCCAUUUCCGCAACGCCAGGAGCGUCGAGUCUCUCGGCCGCUGGAUCCCCUGGCCGGUCGAGCUCCCCCCGGGGCCGCAGCGUCACCCCGAAUCCCCCGAAUACUAUUCCUACUUUCUCUACAUACCGGGCCGCCUGGGAUUCGUCAACCUCGCCGGAAAACCGAAGAGCGGAAAGUAGUAUCUACUAUACCACCGCCUGGGGCUCACCGUAUGCUGCACCGAGUCCUCGAAGACUGUCGUGGUCACUGAGUCAAGCCGGACCUGUCGACCGUGAUUCCGGAAAUAGCUCUCCGGUAUCGAUGCACAGUGGCAUCCGUAACGGUUCCGAAUCGAACAAUCCCGAGCUCUUAAGACCGUCUGCCCGGGACAGCUCAGCGAGACAACUGUACAGCGGCAAUUCCAGCCGGUCUCCAGCCCGAGACAUUUUUGGUAGGAAAGGUGGGAAGUCGAUAAAGGACUUUACGCAAGAUUGGAUUAAUCAAUACCUCACCGGUCAACCCAGAACCGAACGAAGCAAUUGGUUGAGCGACGAUUCGGGUAGUGAGGCACCUUCGUUUAUUACGGCACAAAACUAUUUCGCAGAGGACGCAUCGGACGAUUGGCUUGGCCUGGAACAAGAUCCUCGCGACGAGGACCUCCUGAAGACUCCCACCCUCGCUGACUUCGUAAAUCGAAGAGCAGCUCGCCGGGAAGGCAGUCUCCCACGCCAACGGACUAGAGAUUAUCUUCAUAAGCGAGCAGAUACACUUCGACAGGAGGACUUUUGGGGUUUCGCCUACGAUAAAGACCCUCAGCCGAUCACAAUGGAAUCAACAGAAGCACAGUCCCUUGUGGAACAGGGGCCCAACAAGGCACUUCCUACGAUAGAAAAACCGCUCCCUCCCACCCCGACAGACCCUUCCCUUACGGACCGACUUGAUACUCCUACCGAGCCGAAAGCCGUGAAAAGCCCAGCGCUCGACAGGAACAGCCAAACGCCGACACAACGAGUAAGAAAGAAGAUUGUUUGGCGUGGGAAAGCAUGCUUUAUCUCGCUGCCAUGUGACGACAAAAGAGGCACGGAGGAGUCUGGAUACCGUUUGUUGACGGUGGAAGAUGUCAAACAACGGUUGAGAGACUGGGAAGAACAGGGAUACGACACCCGUGGGUUCAGCGUCGGAUCGGAGGAUGUGUUGGAUACUGAGUUGGGUGGCCUCAGUCGUCCGCUUUUCCCAGACCCGGCAGAGAUCCAGGAGGAAAGACAGGACGGAAGGUAUGGGGUCAGCAUACCUGACAAAGCAGAGUGGGAUGCAUAUGUUGCGUAUCUUCAGGAAGAGAAAUUGCGUGCCCUGGGUGUGUUUUUGGAUGAACCCAAACCCUCAAUAUCCCCGGCCUCCGCUACUAUGAGCCAGAUGGGCCCCUUUCCCGGUCUUGUAUCGUCGCCACCGAUCCCGACAGGGUCAGCAGCUAGCAAUCCUCUAUCUUUGUCUCAUCAUUUCUCUCCGCAGCUGGGCCAGCCAGCAAACCCCGCCGGUCUGGGGACUCUGGCUUCCCCGGCUUCGCAGUUCAGCAUUCAGACGCCAUUCCUUGGGGUCGACCAAAACAACCUACUUCCUGGAUACCCUAUGCAAUUUCAGCCUACUCCUCCUGCUCAGGGCUCGCUCACUCCCCAGAGUUUCUUCAAUGCGCGGCAAGCAGGUCCCGCCGCAUCCAUUCCUGGAACGCUUCCUCACUUGGGCUCGAUUUUGUCUCCCGUGUCACCAUUGAACGAGCAGGGUGCCUUCCACCCUGGCUUGAACGAACAGCCAGGCCUACCGAAGGAGGCUUACGGUGGUCAUGAUCUGCAGGAUCAUGUCACUGAAGGCCAGCUGCUACGUCCCAUUCGCACCCCAACGGAGGGACCUGAUCACUUCCACGCCUCUACUGUUGAGAUCGCGCAGCCUACCCCUCGUGGCCACGACCGUGGUCAUAAUCUGAGCGAAACGCUACAGAAGGGCCUGGACAGAAUCCCGCCUAGCUAUCAUCUGGAAGAGACUAUUGACCGACAGCUUGAUGAAGGUGAUCGUGAGCCGGCUCUUCACAAUUUCGAUGGUUCUGAGCUCCUGCAAUCUCGUUGGGCUUUCCCAGGGGCGGACGCUCUUGCAUCCCAACAGUAUCCUCAGCACAUGCACCAGUUCUAUGGCGGCGAUUAUGCAGCAGGUAACGUCCAUGAUGGCUCGGAUAUCGAUACAAACCCGAGCCUUUCUGGGACGCCUCAGCGACAUGGUCCACUUGCGAACAACAUACCGUGGCAUGAGCCGAAGCCCAGUGCUGGUUCAUAUACCGGCGGACACCGUUCCAAGCUUUCGUCCUCUACUUUCAACGUCGAUGCGAAGGAGUUCAACCCAACAGCCUCCAUCCCAUCACAGCAAUUCCCCUUUCAAGAAAACGCCUUCCAACCCUCGGCUGUUGGAAAUCCCAUGUUCACAUUUGGCUCUGUGCCCAGCUUCAAUCCCUCCGCUAGCGCUUUCAAUCUUACCGCACCCCCCUUCACACCCAGUACUGCUGCCAACGAUACAACCACACAAGACACUGGCUCCAGCGAGUUUAAAUUUUCGACCGCCUCUCUCAAUGUCGCGGCUCCUGCUUUCAACCCUACUGGAAGUGGCUUCACUACGAAGUCUGAGGAAACUGCAAAUGGCAGGACCAAAAUAUUUGACGAUGUUGAUGUCUCGGAGGCAUCAAAAGCCUCCAAGAAGUCCAAGGCCAUUCCCAUCGUGCGGCCGGAUGAGACCGCGGAGGACAAGAGCAGUAAAGAGGAGGCUGAAAACGACAACGGCCGCCCAGUCCGCACUGACCGCCAUAAGCGUGCACGUCGCGGUGAUGAAGCAUCGGAUGGAGAGGCCCAGUUCAGCAUGUCGCACGCAUUGGCAGAGUCUGGUAACGUUCAACAAUCGCAAGUGUCCAGCGCACACGGUGUGCCCGCUGAAGGCAAAGAAAACGUACAGCCAGAGGGUGGAGACAACAAUGAAGCAACUCAAAAGCCUGUCUCGAUCCAGGACGACAAGUUCGCCGAAAGGAAAGAUACCCCCAUCAGUGAAGCGUCGACCUGGACACCAUUUGAGAAGAAGAAUGAGAGUACGGAAGCAGUCCAGGAGUCAGGACCGGCUACCGACAUACAGCCUAAGUCAGAGUCGGUAUCCGCCGAAGGAGGAAAUGCUGGCAACAAAGAGCAGGAAGGGCCUACCGAAGAUAACCAGAAGCACGCUUUCCUGUCACCCACUGCGAAGCCCUUCCAGUUCAAAGCCUCUGUUCCCGAAUAUGUGCCGGCUACUGCUGGGGAGCCGACACCUGCCCCCAAGCCGGUGGAUGAUGGGAAGAGCGAUGCCACCUCCAAAGCUCCGGUUUCACCUAAGCGUGAGCCUGUGCUAUCUGAAGCCCAUGCUGAUGAGGCUGAGGACUCGCCUGACGAUGAGGAGCUUAAUGCUAUCAUGGAGCAGUUGAAUGAUGAUUCGGAUGUUGGAAUUGAACGUCUGAGCACGCCUCAACCUCGUGAUCGCAUUCCCGAGUCUGCCCUGCAUCCGUCUAAAGAAAAGCGACACGCUCCUGCCGACAUCAGGAGCGAAGCUCCUAGCCCGAGCCCUGGACGUGGCCUGAUGGCCAACACCUUGAAUGUACCUAAGCUCGACUUCGAUGCUCAAUCUCAGUUCUCUGUCUCCCCCUCCAAGGGAGUCGGUUCUGGCAUUCCUUCUCCUGUGCGGCAUCUGGUCAACCAGAAUGAUCACAUCAGUGACUGGGACGAUGUGAUCUCUUCUGGUGAGGAUGAGAAGCUGGCAAAUCGGAGCAGAUUCUUUGACCGUCGGAUCAACGACCUCGUCGGCUCUGCCAUCGAUGAACGACUAACGCCGCUUGAGCGUGCGCUUGGUGUUAUCCAAGAGUCUGUCAUGUCAAUCGCACCCGGCCCUCGCACCAAGUUGGAGUGGAGCGCAUCUGUUGAGGGUGACAAUAGCGACGCUGAUGAUGAGGAUGAUGUAUAUGAGAAUGCCUCAUACAGUACCAGGUCAUACCUCCGCCAGAAGGAGAAACUUGACAAGCUAAAGACUGUCUUCCUGGAGGCACUCGCAUCUCGCGAUAGUGAGCAAGAGAAAGACCAAACAAUUUCCGAGCUCGUACAGCUGCGUGAAAGCGUCUCUGCUCUUCAGGCUUUGACCGUACAGAAGCUGUCGCAAGAUCCUGUGGACGAGAUGAGAACAAUGAUCCAAGACAUGAUCUCAAACCAACUGAACCAGCAGAACUCGCGACCCUCUGAAGCAGAGGAGAUCGGUGCUGAAAGCCUUAUGCUCCAGAUUGAUGGUCUCAAGAAUAUGCUCAGGCUCUCUGAUGAGCGGGCCGAUCAGGAGUACAAGCUUCGGCGAGAAGCUAUGGACUCUGUUGCGGAACUCCAGCGGCUUCUGAAGGUCGCCGAGGAGGAUGCUGCACGCCAUAGUGAAGCUGCCGAGGACGCCGAGUCCCGCUUGCUUCACUUCAAGGCUGAGAAGAUUCCUUAUUUCGAGAACAUCCAGCAUAAGGCCGACUCUCUUGAGAAAGAGCAAGAGACACUCCAGUUCACUCUUGCUGAGCUCUCCUCCAAGAACAUCGCACUUCAGGGCACCCUGGAUGAGUACCGCGUUUCGAGCGACAACUGGAAACGGGAUAGCGAGGAGUCUAGAGCUGAACUUGAGCAGGUCAAAGCGGAUAACAAGGAACUACGGGGUACAAUUGGCCAGUUGAAGACGCGCUUGGAGGAUGGCUUGAGUAUCCGACACAAUCUCGGUGAGAAGCUUGAUCGUCUGCAGGAUGAGAUGGUAACCGUGACUCGUGACGUUACCCGUGACCAGGCUUCUUGGCGCAGACGCGAGGAGGAGUUGAACGCCAAAUACAAUGAGCUUCGUGCAGCCUAUGGCCGGGAGGUGAAGCUCCGUGAAAAGCUCGAGGAGGAUAUUAAUGAGCUUGAAGCACAGGAGCGCGAGGCAGCCAAGUUGAAGUUCAUCUUUGGCCAGUCUCAGCAGGAGAAUGCCAGGCUUGAAGAGCUCGUCGCAAACCUGCGACUCGAAAACCAUGAUCUAGAGCUUAAGGCGGCUCGCUUUGAGCGGGAGUUCCAUGAGGCUCGUGAGAGCAGUCGCGUUGAGAUUCAACGUACCAGGAACUCGCUAGAGUCGGAUCUGGAUGCUGCUAACAGCCAGGUUAACAUUGUCCGUGCUGAGUUGGAAACACAAAUCCUUCGCCUCCAGAGUCAAAUGGACAACGUCAGAAUGGAAAGUGACACUGCCCGGGAGCGCUACGAGAUGCUGUUGGAAGAAGCCAACGAAACCAGGGCCAACAAUUUGGCUGCUGCUGUCCAAGCUAAGGAACUGGCGGUGGAAGAACAACGGCAGACGCACGAACGGGUGCUCAAUGACCUUCGGGAACGCCACGCGCGUGCGCUGCACAAUGCUUCUGAGGAUCGACAGCGCACGGAAUCCCAUCUGCUCGACCGCCUGGCUUUGUCCGAUGACAAGGUGAAGCACUUGGAGGAUCGGGUUCAUCAUCUCGAGGAGAGGCUCGAGAUUGCACAGUCCGCUGCACGUGCUGCUGCCGAGGCCGCUCAAUCUGCCAAGGCAGCGCCUGCUAUGGCACCUGCGCACUCGAACUCGCCUUCAUUGGCAUUCCGUGAGGGAUCCACUAUGCCUGAGAAGAUCUCGCCUCAAGCUUUGAGGGAGUCAAUCUUGGUACUUCAGGAUCAGUUGCAGCAGCGUGAAACUCGCAUCGAAGAGCUGGAACAAGAAGUGGCUGCCGUUGACAAGGACGCUCCAAACAAGAUCAAAGACAAGGACACAGAAAUCAAUUGGCUGCGUGAACUCCUGGGUGUUCGCAUUGAUGACCUCCAGGACAUCAUCACCACUGUGUCGCAACCUUCCUUCGACCGCAAUGCUGUCCGCGAUGCCGCCAUUCGUUUGAAGGCCAAUUUGCAGAUGCAGCAACAGGAGAGAGAAAGAAUCCAUUCCGGACACAGUUUCCCUAGCCUCUCCUCCUUGGCAGAAUUAACUGCGUCACCACGGAAUCUUCCUCUCGCAGCUGCAGCGGCAUGGGGCAGUUGGCACGCCGUCGAAGUCCGGAAAUGCAAGCUCCUUCUUGUCAGGCCUUUUGACUCCUCCGGCCUCCAGUGUUCGACAAGCUUCACCCCAAGCCGUUGGUACUUCCGCGACGAUGGGUUCCAGGCGUCCAUCGGCGAGUCGGCCUCUGAGGAAUUACGACACGACGCCCAAGGCCGCUCCAGCUCGUGGAAGCAGGAUGCGAGAGCCGCCGAGUACGCCCCCGUUGCUCCGUAG